UGAGCCCAGGCCGGCAGCCGCGCAGGCGCAGUGGGUUCGAUUCGCCAUGCCGACUGUCAGCGUGAAGCGCGAUCUACUCUUCCAAGCCCUGGGCCGGACCUACACUGAUGAAGAAUUUGAUGAACUAUGUUUUGAAUUUGGUCUGGAACUUGAUGAAAUUACUUCCGAGAAGGAAAUAAUAAGUAAGGAACAAGGUAACGUAAAGGCACAGGGAGCCUCUGAUGUUGUUCUGUACAAAAUUGAUGUCCCUGCCAAUCGGUAUGAUCUCCUGUGCCUGGAAGGACUGGUUCGAGGCCUUCAGGUCUUUAAAGAAAGGAUAAAAGCUCCAGUAUAUAAACGGGUAAUGCCCAAUGGAGAAAUCCAAAAAUUGAUUAUCACAGAAGAGACAGCUAAAGUACGACCUUGUGCUGUAGCGGCUGUUCUCCGAAAUAUAAAGUUCACCAAAGAUCGAUACGACAGCUUCAUUGAACUUCAGGAGAAAUUACAUCAGAAUAUUUGCAGGAAAAGAGCAUUGGUUGCUAUUGGCACCCAUGAUUUGGACACUUUGUCAGGCCCAUUUACAUAUACUGCAAAGCGACCUUCAGAUAUCAAAUUUAAGCCUCUGAAUAAGACCACAGAGUAUACAGCCUGUGAACUGAUGAACAUAUACAAGACUGACAACCACCUUAAACAUUAUUUACAUAUCAUUGAAAAUAAACCUCUGUACCCAGUCAUCUAUGAUAGCAAUGGUGUCGUCCUUUCAAUGCCUCCAGUCAUCAAUGGGAAUCAUUCCAAAAUAUCUGUAAAUACUAGAAAUGUAUUUAUUGAAUGCACUGGAACUGACUUUACUAAGGCAAAAAUAGUUCUUGAUAUAAUUGUCACCAUGUUCAGUGAAUAUUGUGAAAAUCAAUUUACGGUUGAAGCUGCUGAGGUGGUUCUUCCAAAUGGAAAAUCAAAUAUCUUUCCAGAACUGGCUUACCGAAAGGAGAUAGUGAGAGCUGAUUUAAUUAACAAGAAGGUUGGAAUCAGAGAAACUCCGGAAAAUCUUGCCAAGCUUCUGACCAGGAUGUAUUUAAAGUCGGAAGUCAUAGGCGAAGGGAAUCAGAUUGAGAUUGAAGUCCCACCAACCAGGGCUGACAUUAUCCAUGCGUGUGAUAUUGUAGAAGAUGCAGCUAUUGCUUAUGGAUAUAACAAUAUUCAGAUGGCUCUCCCGAAAACAUACACCAUAGCUAAUCAAUUUCCUCUCAACAAGCUCACAGAACUUCUCCGUGUUGACAUGGCAGCUGCUGGAUUCACUGAAGCACUUACCUUUGCUCUGUGCUCCCAAGAAGAUAUUGCUGAUAAACUUGGUUUGGAUAUCUCUGCAACAAAGGCAGUCCACAUUAGUAAUCCUAAAACGGCUGAAUUUCAGGUGGCACGCACUACCCUUCUUCCUGGCCUCCUGAAGACCAUAGCAGCUAAUCGGAAGAUGCCUCUUCCUCUGAAACUGUUCGAAAUCUCUGAUGUUGUAAUGAAAGAUUCUAGCAAAGAUGUUGGUGCAAAAAACUACAGGCACCUCUGUGCUGUUUAUUACAACAAGAAUCCUGGGUUUGAGAUAAUCCACGGGCUGCUGGACAGAAUUAUGCAGCUGCUCGAUGUGCCUCCUGGUGAAGACAAGGGAGGCUAUGUGAUCAAAGCGUCUGAAGGCCCUGCUUUCUUCCCCGGGCGAUGUGCUGAGGUCUUUGCCAGGGGUCAAAGUAUUGGGAAGCUUGGGGUCCUUCAUCCUGAUGUUAUCACCAAAUUUGAGCUGACCAUGCCUUGCUCCUCCCUGGAAAUCAAUAUUGAGCCCUUUUUGUGAAGAUGGGCCUCUGUUGUGUAAUUCAUUCUCCAAGUAUUCUUUUCUCCUUCCCUGGUGCCCUUCAGAGUCUCCACAGGGAGCAUUGAUUUGUGCUUUAAUGUUUAAUAAAGUAAAAAGCGCUGCCAUGGGUGCUGCGUUAGGCCAGCUCAUGCAAUAUCGAGUAAGUAUCGAGUGCAUAUCUGUGUGAUGCUGUGUUGGGCCCCUUGCAGAGCCAGAGCAAUGUGCUGGAGGUACAAUGUCAGUUCUGGAACCAGAAGUGCUGCUCAAACAUUAGAGCUGCUCACUGUCACCCAGGACUCCUGCAAAAUAGGAUCCCAUUUCUGCCUUACUGAUGGAACAGUAGAGUGCAUAUUGAACACGUGAGAUAACUAAGGGGCUUGGCUUUUACUUUCUCCAUUUGACUUUUUCAUCGUUGGGAAAUAAUCAAAUAAUUUUAGAAAACCUUUAAGGAUCAAUUAUGGUCAAGCAGUUACAGUUUUGAAGUCAUUUUAUGUUUUUUGUUUAUUUCUUUGCUCUCUGGUACUCUAAGAGUGCAUGCAGCAUUGAACUGUUCUGCUACAACAGCUAAAGUGAACAAGUACUGAUAUCAGGGCAAUGUGAGCAUUAGGAAACAAUGACAGACAUUUCUGUUUUAGGCCAUUCAUGUCACUAUAACUAGUCAGUUAUAAAAUUGUGGUUUUAAAUGCACGUACUAGUUUCUGUCUUACAGGACUGGAUAAAAUCUCUCCUCUGAAGCUGAGCUUCUGCGGUCCUCCCCAUCUUACAUCUUUAUUUCCUGCUUUGAUUUAGAAUACAUCUCUUUUAAAAAAGGAGCAGGGUCUAAUGUUUGAGAGAAAUUCUCAGUUACUAUUGAGAUGGUAAGAAGCAUGAUGAAUGGAAAGGUUUAAAGUAAGUCCCAGUAGAAAUCCUAACAAAGUUUGUGCAACAAGAAUUAUGCUUAUAAGGCUUUUGCCGAGCCUGCUAAGAAAAAACUCAGCCAUAUUGCAGCCUGGAAUCAGGGCACUGUUGUUUAAUAUAAUAAGAUUUGCAAACACACCAACUUCUACCCAACCCAGAUUCUAUUGUGAAUAGAGCCUCACAUUUUAUUUGUUUGGGUGGCUUUUUUGUUGUUGUUUGGUUGGUUUUUGUUUUGUUUUUCUUUUUGAUUCUGUUUUGAAAUAGGGUACCACUCUGUAACAAGGCUGGCCUCAGACUCAAGAUCCUCAGGCUGCCUCAACCUUUCAAGUGCUGGGAUUCUAUAAUCUCACAACACUUUAAAACUGAAGUGAGAUGUUCCUUUAAAAGUACUGCAUGUCAAAGGGCUUGUAUCCAGUGUGCAUAAAGAUUUCUUACAACUCAAUAACAAGACAACCCUGUAUUUUAGACAACGAUAGAAGAACUGAACAAACAUUUCCCCAAAGAAAAUACAUGAAUGACCAAUAAACACAUAAAAAGAUACUCAGCAUCACUAAUCAUAGGGAGAUACAGAUUAAGAGCACAACUGAACUACUAUAUACUCGUUAACAUGGUUAAAAUUUUAAAAGACUGAUCAAACCAAAUGUGGGGAGACAAGUGGAACUGUGAUGCAGCCACUUUGGAAAAUACUUUGACAGUUUCUUCAAAUGUGAAAUGCUACCUUCCUUCCAAUAUCUAUUACCUAAGUAUAUAUGGUCAAACAUUUUAAUGUAAAAUUUUAAUGUAAUGUUUGGUGUUAUUUAUAGUAGCUACAAAUUGUAUUUCCAUUCUAUGAAGUAUUUCUUAGCAAUAAAAAGGAAUGAACUACUGGUAAUCAACACAAAUGAAUCUCAGAGCAUUAUGGUAAGUGAAAGAAGCCAGGCACAAUGACCACAUGCUCUUCCACUUACACGAAAUUAUAGAAAAGUCAACAGCAGGUUGGUUGGUGAGAGUUCAAAGAAUGGAAUUGACUGCAAAAUGUUGAGGCAGUGGAAGAUUUCUGUCUUAAUUGGGGUGGUAGUUAUACUUCAGAUGUGGACCAUGCCUCAGUAAAGGUAGGAAAAAAGGAGUAUGAUGCAACAUGGAGUAUGUUAAUAAUUUCAACUCCACAGCAUGUGAUAUAUACGUGGGAAAAUUGCGUGAAUCUUAGAUUCAGCAUUUCUACUCACAAUGCCUUGCUGGUCUACACUCUGAAUGAGAUAGUCUCCAUUAGUUUCAGGUUGCACUAUGGUUAAAAUCAUGGCUUGUGGAUUAUAUGAUGGAGUUGUUCAAGUUGGAACCACUUACUGUAUUAGCAGCCAAACUGGGAUAUUUUUUUGGAUGGCCAGAAAUUACUUGUGAUGAAAAAAAAAAAACCCACUAAUUCCUAAUUGUAUAUCCCAAUGUGAAAGAGGAAAGAUCAGC